GCUUGUCUCUUCUUCCCAGGUCAACUUGUCUCUACAAUUUCAGCUUUACUUCAAGUCUUCUCUGACAAAUUCGUCUCAUCCAAAUUCGGUGGUACAGAUUAUUAAAUUUCCAAAAUUUAGUUUUCCUUCCAAUGGCCCAUUCAAUGUUAGAUAUUGAGUUAAAAUUUGGGAGUUCUUCGGAAGGUAUUACAGCUCUGAUUUUAGAAAGAGAGUAGCAGCAAGAUGGCAUACGAAUUAGACGAGCAAAAAAAGGUUGGGUUAGGUCUCAUUGGAUUUGGCAUCUUUUUCACAUUUCUUGCCAUAAUUUUAUUCUUCGACAGGGGUUUGCUUGCGCUGGGUAAUAUACUUUUGUUAGCAGGUGUAGCACUUUUGCUGGGCUGGCGUUCCACAUUACAACUCUUCAAAGUGAACUACAAGGGCACGAUAUCAUUUAUGCUUGGACUCUUCCUUAUAUUCGUUCGCUGGCCAGUUGUGGGUAUCAUUGUGGAAAUAUAUGGAUGCAUUCUUCUCUUCGGCGGUUUCUGGCCAUCCAUCAAGGUUUUUCUUUUCCAGAUUCCUGUAUUUGGAUGGAUUCUGCAGUAUCCUGCUCUGCUUCUUGACCGCUUUCGAAGCUAACUGAUUAGUCUGCUCCAAUUAUCCUGUUUGAUUCCUCAUCAUCUUUUGAUGAGUUUUUGUGCCAAGGAAGGAAGAAUAUACUCAGCUGGGACAUAUCCAAAUUGUUUGUCUUGUCACUUCUGUAAUGCAGCAAUUUGCUGUUUAGUUGAUCUUCACUUGGUAUUCACCAAUGGCUCACCCAAAUGUAGGAUUAUAGAUUAUGAUUAUUUCACUUGCUGCCUAUAUUUCUGCAGAAAUAUAAUCAUUGUAGUUCUUAACUAGCAAUUCUAAUUCUCCAGUUUUCUUAUACUAUCCCCUGUUUCCCCUA